AUGAAGGGAUCCGCCGCUGUUGCACUCUCCGUGGCUGCACUUGCCGGCCACGCCCUAGCUCUCCCGGUUAAAGCCAACGAAAUCCAGGGACGAGAGACCGCCCCGGAAGCUAAAGCUGCCGUCGCUCCGGCCGUUCUCCCUCAUCGAGUGGGCGAGGCGGUUGGUGCAGCGGAUACCAUCAUCAUCCGGCACGAAGCUAUCAAUCAACCCGUGAAGCGCGAGCGAGCCAAGAACGGUGGCUAUUGCACCGUCGUGUAG